AUGGACACCGCCAAUGGAGACGCGGGGUCCGCGUCCACGACCCAGAACGGCCAGCGGGAGGACGACUCAAACUUCAAGUUGAGGUUCUGCACAGUAUGCGCCAGCAACCAGAACCGCUCCAUGGAGGGACAUCUCCGCCUCGCCCAAGCCCACUACCCGGUGAUAUCAUUCGGUACAGGGUCCCUCGUUCGUCUACCGGGACCAACGAUCACCCAACCCAACGUCUACAAGUUCAACGAGACCUCCUACGACAGCAUAUACCGCGAGCUGGACGCCAAAGAUCCCCGCCUGUACCGGGCGAACGGCCUGCUGAAUAUGCUUGGCCGGAACCGCGACAUCAAAUGGGGCCCGGAGCGGUGGCAGGACUGGCAGGUUGGGCUACCGAGGGUCAAGAACGAAACAGAUCAAGGCAGGGUCGGCUUGGAGGGCGGCGUGCCGGACAUCGUCAUCACCUGCGAGGAACGGUGUUGGGACGCCGUGGUGGAUGACCUCCUCAACCGUGGCUCCCCGCUCAAUCGGUCGGUCCAUGUGAUCAAUAUUGAUAUCAAGGACAACCACCAGGACGCUUCGGUUGGUGGCAGCGCGAUUGUCGACCUAGCGGACUCUCUCAAUAGAGCCGCGAUGGAAGAGCGCGAGAGGGUGGGAUCGGCUGUGUUUGACGCUGGAGGCGCUGGUAGCCGCGCGAGCUUUGAUGAACGCGUGCCCGAGGUGCUGGGCGAGUGGCAAGAAAGGUGGCCAAACUUGCCCGCUACGUGGACACUGUCCUGGUUUUAA